AUGGCACAGCGCGCGAACAACGGUUCCAACGAGUCCAACACCUCGUCAGAUGUGGACAUUCCAGUUGAGAAUUCUACACCUGACGUUACAGAACUGGAGAUUGCAGAGAAGCUUCCUGCUGCGGACGAUACAGAUGCAAAUAUUCCGCAAACGCUUUCUGCUGCUGAAGUUCCACAACCAGCCAUCCAAGUAACGCUUCCCACACCCACAUCGCAACCAUCCUCUGCUCAACCGGCACCCGUCGCAAAUUCCAACCCUAUCAUUCCAUCCACCACUCAAGCAGCAUCGCUCCCAAAAGCCCGUCUUCCACAUGACACAACCGGCAUACUCGAAGACCGGAUCAAGGAGGAUCCCAGAGGUGACCUGGAUGCGUGGUUGGCUCUGAUCAAUGAACAUCGGAAGCGCAAUAAGCUUGACGAUGCCCGAGCCGUUUACGACCGGUUCUUUAAAGUAUUCCCUCAAGCCGCCGAAAUAUGGGUACAGUGGGCUGAUAUGGAGCUCGAGAACGACAACUUUGCUGGCGCUGAACAUGUCUUCGGUGCAUCUCUGCUGUCCGUUCUCAGCGUCCAACUCUGGACUGUCUACUUGAACUAUAUUCGACGCCGCAACGACCUAACAAAUGAUGUGUCUGGAACGGCGAGAACAACUGUAUCCCAAGCAUACGAUUUUGUCCUUGCAAACAUUGGCAUCGACAGUCAAGCGGGGAGAAUAUGGCAGGAAUACAUACAAUUCAUUCGAAGCGCGCCUGGCCAAAUUGGUGGUAGUAGCUGGCAAGACCAACAGAAGAUGGACCAACUCCGAAAAGCUUACCAACGAGCCAUCAUGGUUCCUAUGUCUACAUUGAACGGCAUCUGGAAGGAAUACGACCAAUUUGAGAUGGGCCUAAAUAAGAUAACUGGUCGGAAAUUUCUUCAAGAAAAGUCUCCCGGCUACAUGUCUGCUCGGAGCGCGAACACGGCUUUGGAAAACUUAACCCGCGGAAUAAUUAGAACAACCCUCCCUCGUCUCCCCCCAGCUCUUGGCUUCGAUGGUGACCAGGAAUACCUGCAGCAAGUUGAGCUCUGGAAGAAAUGGAUUACAUGGGAGCAAGAAGAUCCUUUGGUUCUCAAGGAGGAGGAACCUCAAAUCUACAAACAGCGAGUCUUAUAUGUAUUCAAGCAGGCUGUUAUGGCUUUGCGAUUCUGGCCGGAAGUCUGGGCAGACGCAGCCGAUUGGUGCUUCGCCAAUGGCUUGGAACAAGAAGGGGAUAGUUUCUUAAAUGAUGGAAUGUCUGCCAAUCCCGAGAGUUGUUUGAUUACUUUCAAGAAAGCCGACCGCCUUGAAACAACAUUAUCCACUAACGAAGCUGACAAGGGUCCAGCUGAGCAUGGUGAAAUCAUUCGCGCACCUUACGACAAACUCCUCGAUACCCUGUACGAUAUGAUCAAGCAACUGAAGACGCGCGAAGCACAUGACCUUGCCAAGCUCGAGGAAUCAGCAGCUCUUGAUGCCUCGAUCAGUGCAAUUAUCAGCAAGGCUGAGGAUGACGAAGAGGAGAAAGAGGCAGACAUAAAGGCCAGAGAAGCCGCCAAAGCUAAUCAGAUCAAAGCCAUUCAGCAAGGUUAUGCAAUGCAGGCACAGCUGCUUUCAAGAACACUUUCAUUUGCUUGGAUUGCCCUGAUGCGAGCAAUGCGUCGAGUUCAGGGCAAAGGCCAGCCCAAGGAUCCCUUAGUUGGAGGGAUGAGAAAAAUCUUUGCUGAUGCACGCCAACGUGGAAGGCUCACAAGUGAUGUCUAUGUAGCUGCUGCUUUGCUCGAACAUCAUGUUUACAAAGAAGUCGCUGGAACGAAGAUUUUUGAACGUGGUGCAAAGUUAUUCCCGGAGGAUGUGAACUUCACCUUAGAGUACUUGAAGCAUCUGGUGUCUAUCGGUGACAUUACAAAUGCUCGAGUUACUUUCGAAACAGUUGUCAGCCGCUUGACCCCAAAACCGGACAUGGUAUCGAAAGCAAAGCCUCUUUACGCAUUCUUCCAUAAAUACGAAUCUGAAUAUGGUGAACUAUCGCAAAUUUCGAAAUUGGAGAAGCGCAUGGCAGAGGUGUACCCGGAAGAUCCUAGGCUCGCAACAUUUGCAGCACGUUAUAGUGCAGAAGGCUUCGAUCCAACUGCUGUCCGACUCAUUGUUUCUCCUUUAAAGCAGAUGCGGCCAAAAUCUACUGGUCCUACAAUCAUGCAAUCGAUUGAGCAGCCAUCCUCGAUUCAGAACAGCCCCCGUCCUCACUACGUGCAAGAAGCCAGUCCACGACCGCAAUACCUCCAAGCUACCAAUUCUCCGAAGCGACCGUUUCAAAUUGAGGAUUCCGACGAUCUCAAUCGCCCCCGUAAACUUGCUCGUGGCGAGUCUCCUCUAAAGGGUGCUGCUGGUAGACGACUGGAUCAGCAGAAGCGAUUGCAACAAGGAACACCAACUUGGCAGUCAAACGCACCACCUUUUGUUGUUCCGCGCGAUAUCACAUUCCUUCUCAGUAUCAUUCCAAGAGCUGAUCUGUACACGUCCACAAAAUUCAGUCCUGAAGCUCUCGUGCGACUUCUUCGUGAGACAAUCGUUCCCGACUUCAGCACUUGGAAGACUGCGCGGGAUCAAUCCCAACCACCCGUUCAGCGAUAUGAUGGUACGCGUUCUACUCACAUUCCACCUCCUCCCAGACCAAACGCAUACCCGCAGCAGCAGCAAUCCGGUGGUCAAAACAGUCAAUAUGGUGAUCAAGGCAGUGUCUGGCAGAAUGACGGCAGCCAGCCUCCGUAUCCAGACCCUCAUGCCUCAUACCCAGGCGCGGCUCACCAGCGUGAUGCGUUCUCCAGACUACCAGCGGUACAUGGACUUCCACCUCGACCAGCCUUUCCGCCGCCAUUACCAGUCCCAAGUAGGUCUGGGUACCCUGUGGUUGCCGAUCCUGGUCAGGAGAACCGUGCUACACCUCCCCAGCUCCUGCCUGCCCACCUUUGGUACUACCGAUAG